AUGUUUGUGGAGGAGACAACAACAGUGUCCUGGGAUAGGAGCAGGACCACCGUGCCGCCCGAGGAGGAGGAGGAGGAGGAGGAAGAGGCGGGGGAGGAGGAAGAGCAGGAGGAGGAGGAGCAGGAGAGAGGUGCAGUACAGAGAGGUGCAGUACAGAGAGGUGCCGAUGGGGGUGGACCCAGAAGAACGUACAGAGAGGUGCGGUACAGAGAGGUGCGGUACAGAGGUGUGCAGUACAGAGAGGUGCAGUACAGAGAGGUGCAGUACAGAGAGGUGCAGUACAGAGAGGUGCGGUAUAGAGAGGUGCAGUACAGAGAGGUGCAGUACAGAGAGGUGCAGUACAGAGAGGUGUGCAGUACAGAGAGUACAGAGGUGUGGUACAGAGAGGUGCAGUACAGAGAGGUGCAGUACAGAGAGGUGCAGUACAGAGAGGUGCAGUACAGAGAGGUGCAGUACAGAGAGGUGCAGUACAGAGAGGUGUGCAGUACAGAGAGGUGCGGUAUAGAGAGGUGCAGUACAGAGAGGUGCAGUACAGAGAGGUGCAGUAUAGAGAGGUGCAGUACAGAGAGGUGCAGUACAGAGAGGUGCGGUACAGAGGUGCGGUACAGAGAGGUGCAGUACAGAGAGGUGCAGUACAGAGAGGUGCAGUACAGAGAGGUGCAGUACAGAGAGGUGCGGUACAGAGGUGUGCAGUACAGAGAGGUGCAGUACAGAGAGGUGCGGUACAGAGAGGUGCGGUACAGAGGUGUGCGGUACAGAGGUGUGCGGUACAGAGGUGUGCGGUACAGAGGUGUGCGGUACAGAGAGGUGCAGUACAGAGAGGUGCAGUACAGAGAGGUGCGGUACAGAGGUGUGCGGUACAGAGGUGUGCGGUACAGAGAGGUGCAGUACAGAGAGGUGCAGUACAGAGAGGUGCAGUACAGAGAGGUGCAGUACAGAGAGGUGCGGUACAGAGAGGUGCGGUACAGAGGUGUGCAGUAUAGAGAGGUGCAGUACAGAGAGGUGCAGUACAGAGAGGUGCGGUACAGAGGUGUGCGGUACAGAGGUGUGCGGUACAGAGAGGUGCGGUACAGAGGUGUGCGGUACAGAGAGGUGCGGUACAGAGAGGUGAAGUACAGAGAGGUGCAGUACAGAGGUGUGCGGUACAGAGGUGUGCAGUACAGAGAGGUGCAGUACAGAGAGGUGCGGUACAGAGAGGUGCAGUACAGAGAGGUGCGGUACAGAGGUGUGCAGUACAGAGAGGUGCAGUACAGAGAGGUGCGGUACAGAGAGGUGCGGUACAGAGGUGUGCGGUACAGAGGUGUGCGGUACAGAGAGGUGCGGUACAGAGAGGUGCAGUACAGAGAGGUGCAGUACAGAGAGGUGCGGUACAGAGGUGUGCGGUACAGAGGUGUGCGGUACAGAGAGGUGCAGUACAGAGAGGUGCAGUACAGAGAGGUGCAGUACAGAGAGGUGCGGUACAGAGAGGUGCGGUACAGAGGUGUGCAGUAUAGAGAGGUGCAGUACAGAGAGGUGCAGUACAGAGAGGUGCGGUACAGAGGUGUGCGGUACAGAGGUGUGCGGUACAGAGAGGUGCGGUACAGAGGUGUGCGGUACAGAGAGGUGCGGUACAGAGAGGUGCGGUACAGAGAGGUGAAGUACAGAGAGGUGCAGUACAGAGAGGUGCAGUACAGAGAGGUGCGGUACAGAGGUGUGCGGUACAGAGGUGUGCGGUACAGAGGUGUGCGGUACAGAGAGGUGCGGUACAGAGGUGUGCAGUACAGAGAGGUGCAGUACAGAGAGGUGCAGUACAGAGAGGUGCGGUACAGAGGUGUGCGGUACAGAGGUGUGCGGUACAGAGAGGUGCGGUACAGAGGUGUGCGGUACAGAGAGGUGCAGUACAGAGGUGUGCGGUACAGAGAGGUGCAGUACAGAGGUGUGCGGUACAGAGGUGUGCGGUACAGAGAGGUGCAGUACAGAGAGGUGCAGUACAGAGAGGUGCGGUACAGAGAGGUGCGGUACAGAGGUGUGCGGUACAGAGGUGUGCGGUACAGAGAGGUGCGGUACAGAGGUGUGCGGUACAGAGAGGUGCAGUACAGAGGUGUGCGGUACAGAGGUGUGCGGUACAGAGAGGUGCGGUACAGAGAGGUGCGGUACAGAGAGGUGAAGUACAGAGAGAAAGUCAAAGAGUCCACCGCUGUCAAAGAGCCUCCUGCCCAGACCGGCCCCCAGACCGGCCCCCAGACCGGCCCCCAGACCGCCCCCCAGACCGGAUUUCAGACCGGAUCUCAGACCGGCCCUCAGACCGGCCCUCAGACCGGCCCUCAGACCGGCCCUCAGACCGGCCCUCAGAGGCAGCGUAGGAUCCAGGACCACGAAAAGGAGAGGAAGGAGCUGCUCACCAAAGCUUCAACACAGACACCAGAGAAGAAGGCGGACAGUGAGGACAGCCCCCCUCAGGCCACCAGAGGUACUGCAGCAGUGGGAGGAGCUCAGUCUCUGGAACCGCCUUUCAUCAAACUGAGCCAAGAGGAGUAUGGAGAACACCACUCCUCCAUCAUGCACUGCAGGUGGGAGACCAGGAGGAGACCAGGAGGAGACCAGGAGGAGACCGGGAGGAGACCGGGAGGAGACCAGGAGGAGACCGGGAGGAGACCGGGAGGAGACCAGGAGGAGACCGGGAGGAGACCGGGAGGAGACCGGGAGGAGACCGGGAGGAGACCAGGAGGAGACCGGGAGGAGACCGGAAGGAGACCGGGGGGAGACCAGGGGGAGACCGGGAGGAGACCGGGGAGGAGACCGGGAGGAGACCGGGAGGAGACCGGGAGGAGACCGGGAGGAGACCGGGAGGAGACCGGGAGGAGACCGGGAGGAGACCGGGAGGAGACCGGGAGGAGACCGGAGGAGACCGGAGGAGACCGGGAGGAGACCGGGAGGAGACCGGGAGGAGACCGGGAGGAGACCAGGAGGAGACCGGGAGGAGACCGGGAGGAGACCGGGAGGAGACCGGGAGGAGACCGGGAGGAGACCGGGAGGAGACCGGGAGGAGACCGGGAGGAGACCGGGAGGAGACCGGGAGGAGACCGGGAGGAGACCGGGAGGAGACGGGAGGAGACGGGGGGGAGACCGGGAGGAGACCGGGAGGAGACCGGGGGGAGACCGGGAGGAGACCGGGAGGAGACCGGGAGGAGACCGGGAGGAGACCGGGAGGAGAGGGGACCGGGAGGAGACCGGGAGGAGGAGACCGGGAGGAGGAGACCGGGAGGAGGAGACCGGGAGGAGGAGACCGGGAGGAGGAGACCGGGAGGAGGAGACCGGGAGGAGACCGGGAGGAGACCGGGGGGAGACCGGGGGGAGACCGGGGGGAGACCGGGAGGAGACCGGGAGGAGACCGGGGAGGAGGAGACCGGGAGGAGGAGACCGGGAGGAGGAGACCGGGGGAGGAGACCGGGAGGAGACCGGGGGGAGACCGGGGGGAGACCGGGAGGAGACCGGGAGGAGACCGGGGGAGGAGACCGGGAGGAGGAGACCGGGGGAGGAGACCGGGAGGAGGAGACCGGGGGGAGACCGGGGGGAGACCGGGGGGAGACCGGGGGGAGACCGGGGGGAGACCCGGGGGGAGACGGGGGGAGACCGGGAGGAGACCGGGGGGAGACCGGGGGGAGACCGGGAGGAGACCGGGGGGAGACCGGGAGGAGGGAGACCAGAGUGAGAGACCAGAGUGAGAGACCAGAGUGA